CUGACGUCGACGCUCCCCGCGAGUUUCGAACGCAGUUGGCCUCCGGGCCAGAAAAAACACCAGCGGCGGCCAAUGGCCGGUCAGGAAGAACCCGCGCGCGGCCCCGGCCCCGCCCCGCUCGGCUGGAAAGAAAUGCCCGCCCGGCCAUUGGUUCGCGGGAUCUGUCACUCCUCGCUGCGGCCAGUGGGCAGGCGCCUCGCUGUGAUUGGUCCCGCCCAGGCGCGAAAUGUAACGCGGGAAAAGUCCGAGUGGGAACCGCAGCAGCAGGUUGUUAUUUUGGGGGUUCGGCGGCGUGAGUUUUGCUCUCCUGUCCCCGCCGGCCCGGCCGCCCGCUCUUCCCGCCUCUGCCGCCUGCGUGUGAAGAGAGGAGGGCGGGCUGGCCCCGGGGCUGGGGUCCGCCCUGACCCCGGUGCCCGCCGAGCUGCCCGGCUCCAUCGCUGGCCGCCGCACAGGAGGAUUCCGGGAAACGUCCGCGGCCAUGAGCCCGCGGGACUGAGAGCCAGCGACUCGGAGCAGCGCGGGCAACGGGAGCGAAGGGCCAGCGGCCGGCGGAGCUGCGAAUCGGGGAAGGACGAUGAUCCGGGGUGUGGAAGUGCCGAUGGCGGACCACCCGCCGCCGCCUCCGCCGCCCGUCAUCUUCUGCCACGACUCUCCGAAGCGGGUGCUGGUGUCGGUCAUCAGGACGACCCCGAUCAAGGCCACGUGCGGCGGCGGAGGGGAGCCGGAGCCGCCGCCGCCGCUCAUCCCCACCAGCCCCGGCUUCAGCGACUUCAUGGUGUACCCGUGGCGCUGGGCGAGAACGCGCACAACGUGGCAGCACAUUGAUGGAAUCCGGCGUGGUCGACCCAGAGCAGAUACUGUCCGGGAUUUAAUAAAUGAAGGAGAGCAGUCGUCCAGCAGAAUUCGUUGUAACAUCUGUAACAGGGUGUUUCCACGGGAGAAAUCGCUCCAGGCUCACAAAAGGACUCACACAGGUGAGAGACCCUACCUGUGUGACUAUCCAGACUGUGGCAAAGCCUUUGUUCAAAGCGGACAGCUCAAAACGCACCAGCGCCUUCACACGGGAGAGAAACCUUUUGUUUGUUCAGAAAAUGGCUGCCUGAGCAGAUUCACCCACGCGAACCGCCACUGCCCCAAGCACCCUUACGCCAGGCUGAAGCGGGAGGAGCCCACCGACGCUCUCAGCAAGCACCAGGCGGUGGACAACCAGGCUGCUGCCGAGUGGUUGGCAAAGUAUUGGGAAACAAAAGAGCAGCGCACCCCCACCUUGAAGGGGAAGCUCGCGCAGAAGGCGGACCAGGAGCAGCAGGACCCUCUGGAAUACCUGCAGUCGGACGAGGAGGACGACGAGAAGAGCGGGGCCCAACGGCGGCUGCAGGAGCAGCGCGAGCGCCUGCACGGAGCCCUGGCGCUCAUCGAGCUCGCCAACCUGACCGGCGCGCCGCUCCGCCAGUAGCCUGCACACUGACUCCCACUGUACAAAAGUACUGCCCAGCAUACUUCAAAAGUAGAUCCUUGGGCAUAAGCUAAGCACCUUAUUUGCUUACCAUAGGCUGCUAUUCUGUAGAAAUUGAUGAAGAAUGUUAUUGCCCCAAAAUAUGGGGUGAGAGAGAAUUGCACUUUUUUUAUAUGGUAAUGGAUUGUUGUAAAGUUUAAAAUAUUUUGUAAAUAUGGGACUUCUAGUACAGGGUAGGAAACUACGUAUUGUGGGAAGCUAGAUUUUGCAAGUUUGAUGCAUUCAUUGGAAGCAGUUUUCACAGGAAGCACUUUCAGAAUAAGACACUUUUAGGGAAAAAAAACGAAAGCAGAAUGGGACAUGUAGCCAAAGAAGGUUAGGAGAGAUUAUUUAUAAGAUCAUUUUUAACAAUUUGUACUAGUACGUUUAACAAUACUGUCAACACUGAAGUAAGUGAGAAAGUGGGAGAUGUGUGAAAGAUGUUUUUAAAUUGCAAAAUAGUGUGACUAACAAGACUAGAGAAAUGGAAAACUGCCUAUUUCAGAAGAUGUCCUAAGUUACGGAUUUUGAAAGAAAAGUAGAUAUUUGAGGAUCUUGGUAAGAUGCAUAAUAGUUCAGAAUUUUUAAAAUUGGAGUAAAUUGGUCUUAUUCUAUCUUUCUGAGGCUUUACAACUUACUAUGAUGUUUAGUUUUGAAAAGCACUUGUUAUCCCUCUCUUAACUUGGGAACUUUUGCACAUUUCAUAUUUCUCAUUUGCUGAAAUUGAGUGGUUAAUCUUGCAAAGUCUAGGUAACCUGGUAAUUUUUUUUUUUUAAUAUGGGCCCUGUACUGAGAUUUGGCACUUGGAUUUUUAUUAAUAAAAGGGACAUCUACAGGGUUGUUUUGUAGUGAACUGUUUUAGAUCUUUUGUUAGCAAACACUAAAUUUCAAUUGUACUGCUUGUUUAGAAUUAUUAGCAAAUGAAAGCCGCCUAUUUAUAUUUUCAGUGCAUAAAGCCACCUUCUUGCUUUUCAGAAUAACAUGCCAAAUUAUUUUGUGCUCACUAAAUUCAACUAUCAGUUAAACACUGCAGAAAAGAUUAGCUACUCAAAUAAGUAGGCUUCUGGGAUAGUUUUAACUGCAUGUGUGUUAACUUGUGUGGUGUUUUUAAACCAUUUUUCCAGAUAGAUGCUAUUUUUAAACACCACUUUAUGUACUGAAGCAUGAACAGAAAAAUCAAGAGCUGAGCGGUUCACCUCCUUUAUGUAGGCAAAAGCCUCGAUCAUUUUAGCCUUUGUUUUAAGCAGAAACUAAAUAACAUGAACAACAGAAAUUUUUAUAGAUUGCUUAAUUGGAGUAAACCUCAGAAUAAUAGAGGGAAACAUGGCUCUUCAGCGCCUUUUACUUCGUAGCCGACAGAUAUGGUUUAAACAUUAUCUAAAAUAUAUGCUUCUUCCUCCCCAAAUCCCAGUGUGUUGCAGUCACAGUGUCACAUAUGUAGCUUUUCCUUGAAAAGGAACAAAAGUGUGAAAGAUGAUAACAAAUAAUGUAUAUGAUGAGGACAUACUUUACAAAUGUAAUCCUCAGUACAGUAAAUUACAGAUCUUGAAGGAUUUUUUAAAUAAGAAAAUUUAUAUUUGUAAUGGUCUAAGAAUUUUGUUUGUAAUCUGAUAUAUAGAAUUUUAACUUGGAGCACUUAUAGGCACAGUAAAAGAGACUAUAGAAUUGAAUUUUCUUGGUUUAGCUGUCAACAUUUUUCUCUAGAUUUUUCCUUUCAAGUAUGAUUUAAAUGAAUUAUAAAAAGCAACACUUAUCAGUCUUGGGAAAUCUAAAAUUUGAUGAAAUUACAUAAAGAAGGAAGAUGGUAAGAAUUUAAAAAAUACAAAUACUUGCCAAUUCAAAAAUAAUACAAUUUAAAGCCUUCAAAAGUAAGGGCUUUUGUUUCUCUGGUCAGCUUUUGUCAACUAUAAUAGUUAUAUUCACAUUCUUUAUUUGUAUAAUUGAAAGUUUCAGAAAUUAUUACAACUAUUUACUAUAGAAAUAUUUAAAAUAUAAUACUUCAAAAGUAGAUUCUUGGGCAUAAGCUAAGGGUUUUUUGAUAUAAGCUAUAUACUUGGACAAAAUACAUUGGCAUUUAAAAUCUGAGGUGUGUUAGGACUGCUUUUUGUUUUAAAAAUGUGGUUUACAUUCAAAUUUUUGAAGUGUUUUAUGCUUCAUAUGGCUAAGCUGUAGUUUGGCAGAAUUAACAGCAUAAGAAAUAAACAUGCUGUAAUUUGAAAAGAUGCUUUCAAUAAAAUGUUAAUUUACAGUUUCAA